AUGGCGCGGGUCGGAGCUUGGCGGACAGCGGUCGUGGGCUUGCCUCUGCGGCUGCUGCUGGGCCUCGGGCUGGGGCUGGGGCUGGAGGCCACCCCGACCCUCUCCCGGACCUCGACCCCGACCCCGACCCCGGCCGGGCCCUCAGCGCAGACCCCAGACCCCAGCACAGGCUCGUGCCCGCCCACCAGCUUCCAGUGCCGCACCAAUGGCUUCUGCUUACCCGUCGCCUGGCGCUGUGACAGUGACAGGGACUGUGCGGAUGGAAGCGAUGAAGAGGAAACCUGACUCUGUGCCCCCGAAUGCCCAGGCAUCGAGCUGUGUGCCCAAGACGGGCGGUGCCCGCCACCCACUGGCUGCCUGGGUGGCCAGGGUAAGAGCCCUCACAACUGCAGCCCCCAACCCUGCCCGGCGGAUGAGCUGCGCUGCGCGCUGGGCGGUGCUUGCAUCCCACUCACGUGGCGCUGCGAUGGCCACCGGGACUGCCCUGACUCCAGUGACGAGCGAGGCUGCGGGACCACCGAGACCUUCCAGGGAGGGAACGCCACAUCCACAGGGACCCCUGUGAUCCUGGAGAGUGUCACCGAUCUCAGCAACGCCGGGGACCAGGACUUGGGCCAGCCCCGAAACCAAAGUACCCUAGGGGUCAUCGCAGCCGCUGCUGUGCUGAGUGCAGCCCUGGCCGCCGCCGCCCUCCUGGCGCUGUGCCAGCUCAUCGGCCCAGGACGUCUGCUGAAGGAGUCCUCGCUGAUGUCGGACAACAAGGCCUUCCUCCUUUGA